ACCGGUUUUAAGCCCAACUGUACGUACAGAUAUUACUCGUUGAUAACGCGACGUUACGAAGCAGAAAGAGGCGCCGGAGAGGCCGCGCGAGGGUCGCAUGAGGAUCGCAUAAGAGAACGUCAUGGUGCUUGGCCUCGCGGUAUUCUAUUCGGUUUAAUCUAUCAGGCGUUAUUCAAAAAGUAAUUGACUUCGUACAAGCCCAUCCACAACAUAAUUACCGCCAAGCAUUGUAAACACAAUACACUCAGGAUUGUUGUCUUACGGUCCGAAGGCAUGAAUCUUCAACUUUUGCUUGGUGCUGGACUGUGUUUUGUGUGCUGGUUUUACUUAAAAUGGUCGAAAAUCAAGAGGUACUGGGCGGACCGUGGCGUUCCUCAUCUCCGUCCAGUUCCAGUACUGGGCAAUCUCACCUUCAUACAGAAAGAAAAUGCUGGCAUUUGGUUUCGUCGUAUGAACCAACAUCUGAAAAGCCCGUACAUAGGCAUCUGGAUAUUCUGGAGACCGGCAAUAGUCAUCAAUUCGCCAAAAAUUGCGCGUGACAUCCUGAUCAAAAAUUUUGGAAGUUUCCGAAAUCGCUUCUUAAGCAGCGGUGAAACAGAUCCAAUUGGAGGACUUAAUUUGUUCACUGUAAAUGAUCCUAUCUGGUCCACCAUGCGGAAACAUCUCAGCAGCGUGUUCACAACUGCCAAACUUAGGAUUCUCCAAGAUUUGAUGCAAACCAAGGCUGAGGAAUUGGUUCAAAGGAUUCACAAUGAUCGCGAUUUUAAAAUACACCUUAAGAAAAUGUUCGUAGAUUAUACGACGGAUAUAAUUGGUUCAUCGGCGUUUGGUGUUAAAAGCGACGCGACCCUCACGAGUGGUGGGCCUCUUAGGGACGUCACAAAUGAUUUCUCAGCAUUCAGCAUCUAUAGAGGCAUUUCGUGGUGUAGCAUAUUCUUUUUUCCAGAAAUAGUCGAUUUCUUUAGAUUUAAAUUCUUUCCAAGAGCUUCAACAAAAUAUUUUAAGAAAAUAUUUAAAGCUGCGACAACAGAACGUAAAACAAAUCAAAAUGAUGCUAAAGAUUUACUUGAAAUUUUGAUUAGAAUCCAACAAGAAAAUGAAGGUUAUUCAGAUGACCUUAUAAUUUCUCAAGCAGCUAUCUUCUUACUCGGUGGAUUUGAAACUUCAGCGACUGCUCUGACGUUUAUUACAUACGAGCUGGCUUAUAAUCCCAUAUUACAGGAUAAACUAUAUCAAGAAUUAUUGGAAGCCGCACAACAAAACGGAAGCGAGAAAUUCGAUGCUAACGUACUUUCAAAUUUAACAUACCUCAAUUGUGUUAUUAAAGAAGGUCUUCGAAAAUAUCCAACAAUGGGCUGGCUCGACAGAGUAGCCAUGAAAGACUACAGCAUAGAUGAUAAGUUAACUAUAGAGGCUGGCACGGUUGUGUAUAUCAAUAGUAUUGGAAUGCAUCAUGACCCUGAAUACUUCCCUGAACCUCACAAGUUUGAUCCAGACAGAUUUUUACCAGAAAACAGAUCUAAGAUCGAGCCAUACUCAUACCUACCAUUUGGAGAGGGUCCAAGAGGCUGCAUUGGCAAGAGAUUUGCUUAUAUGACGAUACAAUUCGGUCUGACGUCGGUGUUACUUAAUUACAAGAUCAAAUCUUGUCCGAACAUGCCUAAGCCUGCAGAUAUUAAGAUGGAUAACUGUGGACUGUUGUUACUGCCCGGAGAAACGCUUAACGUCGAAUUUAUUCCAAGAAAAUAACACAAUCUAUAUAGUUAUAGCAUUCAAUUAAAUAUGUUAUGAAUAUAAA